CGUAAGUUUGUAACUUUAAAAACAUAUAAAAUUGUACAAUUAUUAUUGCAUUUCAGGCAAACAAAUCAAGGCAAGAACCGACACAACCGGCGACUAGCAAAUCAAACUUGGAUACAGGCUUGGAGCGAUGCUUUAACCGACACUGUCAAUGAAGCUAGAGGUUACGACCCGCGAACAUACGAAGAAUACUUGGAGUGGUACGUCCAAAGCCCGCGCGUGAGGCUAACACAAGGUCCACCACAGAGGCCUACCGAGCUCACGCACCAACAGCAGCAGGAAAGAGGCAUGGAUCGUGCCAUUGCGAGUCGUCGUGAUGACACGGUUGACAAGGCCAACAGUAUCAUGCUCGAUGCACAUGAUAUGAUUACAGAGAACCCACCAAUACAUCAUCGCCUGAAGACAAAACUAAAAAAUAUUAUGGACAAUGCAAAGGACAUUGUUGCCAAUUGGAGUUGUGGCCGUGCCGAUGACGUCAACUUACGCACAUACCACAUGCCAGAAGUCCAGUCGGCACGACCGAGUGAGGCACGCUCUUCACGGCCCAGUGAUGUGGAGACUGGUGGACGAGUAGACUCAACGUUGUUGCGUACGUCGUCGAGGACUCCUAUACAACGGUCUAUGUCCGGCGCUUCAAGAUUACAAAAUGUUACUCCUAUACAGCGGUCUCAGUCCGGUGCUUCACGAUUACAAAAUGUGCAGUAUGGCCUACAAACGACAUGGGAAGAGAGCCCGCCACAAGGGACUACUGGAGGGACCAUGGCAGGGUCCUCGUACAAUGCCCAGUUCACUGCUGCCGGAGGGACCAUGGCAGGAUCCUCGUAUGAUCAUGGCCAUGGAUAUGAGGCCCAUUUCACUACUCAUGGUGAAGAAGGCUGGGGUUGGCGGACGGGCUGAGACUCAUACACAAGUCCAUCAGCAGAUACCAUUCGAACUAUUCCAAGGGUACUCCUAUGGCGCACGGUCAUCGCAGGCGGUUCACAUUUCUUCAUAUCCACCGCCAGAAUCUACACAGUCUCAUGAUGCGGAUUUUGUCGAUUACUUUAGCGAUGACCGUGAUAUUUCUCGUAGUCUUAUUCAUGAGACGCCAACACUACCACAAGAGACACCGGAACACAAUCUCCGCACCAACCCACGAGCACCGUCACCACUCACUUACUCGGCCGAUCACUGCGCACGAAAAAAAAACAAAAGCACGGAAAACUACAACAGGGAGAGGAGAAUGAUUAUGCUACUGUAUGUAAUGUAUAUCUUCUGCUGCGA